CAAACACAAGUACCUGGUAACUUUUCCCUACCCCUACAUGAAUGGGCGGCUUCAUCUCGGACACACGUUUUCCCUUUCAAAAUGUGAGUUUUCGGUUGGCUUUCAAAGAUUGAAGGGAAAGACUUGCCUGUUUCCGUUCGGUCUGCAUUGCACUGGCAUGCCCAUCAAGGCUUGCGCUGAUAAGCUAAAGAGGGAAAUGGAGCUGUUCGGCUGCCCACCUCAGUUUCCAGAGGAAGAAGACGAGGAUGAAGAAACCCCUGCAAAAAAAGAUGAUGAGGUGAUCAUAAAGGACAAAGCCAAAGGAAAGAAGAGUAAAGCGGCAGCAAAGUCCGGGUCGUCAAAGUACCAGUGGGGAAUCAUGAAGUCUCUCGGCCUCUCCGAUGAAGAAAUAGUGCAUUUUGCCGAGGCAGAACAUUGGCUUGACUACUUCCCUCCUCUUGCUGUGGAAGACCUCAAGAGCAUGGGGUUGAAGGUGGAUUGGCGCCGUUCUUUCAUCACCACAGAUGUCAACCCUUUUUAUGACUCCUUUGUAAGGUGGCAGUUCUUAACCCUUAAAGAAAGGAACAAAAUCAAUUUCGGCAAACGGUAUACUAUCUACUCACCAAGAGAUGGCCAGCCCUGCAUGGAUCAUGACAGACAAACUGGAGAGGGUGUUGGACCUCAAGAGUACACCUUGAUUAAAAUGAAGGUGCUGGAGCCUUAUCCGACUAAAUUAAGCGGUCUGAAAGGGAAGAAUGUUUUCCUUGUGGCUGCCACCCUGCGCCCAGAAACCAUGUUUGGACAGACUAACUGUUGGCUGAGACCCGAUAUGCCUUAUAUUGCUUUCGAAGUUGCCAAUGGAGAUAUCUUCAUCUGCACGCAAAGGUCAGCCCGAAACAUGUCCUACCAGGGCUUCACCAAAGACAAUGGAGUGGUACCUGUGGUCAAGGAGCUAAUGGGAGAGGACCUCCUCGGUGCCGCACUGUCCGCCCCAUUAACCUCCUACAAAGUGAUCUACGCUCUUCCGAUGCUCACCAUUAAAGAAGACAAAGGCACCGGGGUGGUAACCAGUGUUCCCUCUGAUGCUCCCGAUGACAUAGCAGCCUUGCGAGACCUGAAGAAGAAACAAGCAUUAAGACAGAAGUACGGGAUUAAAGAUGAAAUGGUCUUACCCUUUGAGCCAGUACCCAUUAUUGACAUCCCAGGUUAUGGGAACCUCUCUGCUCCAAUGGUUUGUGAUGAGCUAAAAAUCCAGAGUCAGAAUGAUCGGGAAAAGUUAACAGAAGCUAAAGAAAAGGUCUACUUAAAGGGUUUCUAUGAAGGUGUUAUGCUUGUUCCUGGAUAUGAAGGACAGAAGGUGCAGGAUGUGAAGAAACCCAUCCAGAAGAAAAUGAUUGAAAAUGGUGAGGCGAUGAUUUACAUGGAGCCGGAGAAGCAGGUCAUCUCGCGAUCUGCUGAUGAAUGUGUGGUUGCACUUUGUGAUCAGUGGUACUUGGAUUAUGGUGAAGCAAACUGGAAGAAACGCACUGCCGAAUGCUUGAAAGACUUAGAAACAUACUGUGAUGAAACACGUCGAAACUUUGAAGCAACUCUGGGCUGGCUACAAGAACAUGCCUGCUCUAGGACCUAUGGGUUGGGUUCACGUUUGCCUUGGGAUGAAUAUUGGCUGAUUGAAUCUCUCUCUGACUCCACUAUAUACAUGGCCUAUUACACCGUGUGCCAUCUACUACAAGGGAACAACCUUAAUGGUCAAGGGGAAUCUCCUUUGGGAAUCAGGCCAGAACAAAUGACCAGAGAAGUCUGGGAUUACAUCUUUUUCAAGAAUGCCCCAUUCCCGAAGACCAACAUUCCCAAAGAGAAACUCAACAAGUUGAAGCAGGAAUUUGAGUUCUGGUAUCCAGUAGAUCUCCGGGUGUCUGGCAAAGACCUUGUGCCAAACCAUCUCACUUAUUACCUGUACAAUCACGUGGCAAUGUGGCCUGAGGACAGUGGCAAAUGGCCAGUAGCUGUGAGAGCGAAUGGACACCUACUGCUCAACUCUGAGAAGAUGUCCAAGUCUACGGGCAACUUCCUCACGCUAACUCAGGCAGUCGAUAAGUUUUCAGCUGACGGCAUGCGUCUGGCCUUGGCUGAUGCUGGGGACACAGUGGAGGAUGCUAACUUUGUGGAAGCAAUGGCGGACGCAGGCAUUUUACGUUUGUACACGUGGGUGGAGUGGGUCAAAGAAAUGCUCGCAAAUUUUGACAGCCUCAGAAGUGGAGCGACACAGACGUUUAAUGAUCGGGUGUUCGCAAGCGAGAUUAAUGCAGGAAUUGAGAAGACGGAACAAAACUAUGAAAAAAUGAUGUUCAAGGAGGCCUUAAAAACAGGAUUUUUUGAGUUUCAGGCUGCGAAAGACAAGUACCGCGAAUUGGCCAUUGAAGGCAUGCACAGAGACUUGGUGUUCCGGUUUAUCGAGACGCAAACGCUUCUGCUGGCUCCCAUCUGCCCACAUCUGUGUGAGCACGUGUGGUCAUUACUGGGGAAGCUUGACUCCCUCAUGAAGGCCUCUUGGCCGGUACCAGGCCCUGUCGACGAGGUACUGAUCCGUUCAUCGCAGUACUUGACAGAAACCGCCCAUGAUCUCCGACUAAGACUCAAAAACUACAUGGCUCCAGCAAAGGGGAAGAAAGGAGACAAGCUGCCUCCACAGAAGCCUACACAUUGCACCAUUUAUGUGGCCAAAACAUAUCCCCCAUGGCAACACAAAACCUUAUUAAAUCUGCGGAAACAUUAUGAGACCAAUGCUGGACAACUUCCUGAUAAUAAAGUUAUAGCGACUGAGUUGAACAGUCUGCCGGAGCUGAAAAAAUACAUGAAACGUGUCAUGCCAUUUGUUGCUAUGAUUAAGGAAAAUCUAGAAAAGAAAGGCCAGCGUAUCCUGGAUCUGGAGCUGGAGUUUGACGAGCGGACUGUCCUUCUGGAGAAUAUAGUCUACCUGACCAACUCUCUGGAGCUUGAUCAGAUUGAAAUAAAAUUUGCUUCAGACGCUGAUGACAAAAUUAAGGAAGACUGUUGCCCUGGAAAGCCGUUUUCUGUCUUUAGGACUGAGCCUGGGGUGCCUGUCUUUUUGGUAAACCCGCAGCCAUCAAACGGCCACUUCUCCACCAAGAUUUCCAUCCGCCAAGGGGACAGCAGAGAUUCAAUAAUAAGACGCCUAAUGAAGACCGACAGGGGCAUCAAAGAUGUCACAAAAGUGAAGCUAAUGAGGUUUGAUGACCCUGUGCUGGGGCCCCGUCGCGUUCCUGUCCUCGGAAAAGAAGAAAUUGGCAAAUCCGUAAUAUCUCCUCAAGCCGCCUUCCACGUUGAUCUGAAUGAGAAGCGAGUCCAGAUUGCCGAUAACGGCUUGAAAAUGGACAUUGGAGACACGCUGGUGUAUGUGGUGGAAUAAAAGUGUCUGUGUAGGAGGGAUUUCUUAUGGAGAACUAACAAAGUAACAGUUACCUUUCACCAGAAACAUUGAUUUAGUCAAAUGUGGUCCUAGGUAUUUAAAUUGUAUCAUUAAACACAAGGUUGUUACCAGGAACCCCACCGCAGACUUUGUAUAAAGGAAUUCUUUUUAAGCCUUUUAAGAAAAACAAAAACUUGGAUUUCCAGGCUAUUCGUUCUUGUACCUGUUUGUCCAUAUUGUCUGAAGGGCGUAUAAUGUACCUGCUGUCCCAAUUACGAAAGACAAAUGUAUUUUACCGGAUUCUUCACCAAAGUGUUUCCUAUAUAUUGUACUGCGAUCCAUUAAAGUUCUCAUUAAAGUAUUUAAAACAAA